UCUUUCUUGGAGACAACACAACACAACACAACACAAUACAUGUUUACUCACGUAACCAACAACUUUACCCACCGUACUUUUUAUUACUUUUGAUUCCCAAACAUGAUUGUUUUUUUCAGUUCCCAAUUUUCAUUUGAGUUUGAGCUCUCCAAUGGCAGUUCCUACCCCAAUCUCCUUUUCAACUGACCCGUUUGCUUCCAAGUCUCUCCCUUUAUCCUCCUCCACUUAUUGCAUUGAGCUUAGGACAUCAACGAUCUUUGGUCGUACGCUGAAAACUGGGAAAAUUGAGCAAACCCAUUUCAGAUUGUUGACGGCUUUAAGAAGUCAAGGUUUCACUUUAAAGGCUUCUAUGGGGCCACCAGGAUUUACAAAGCAACUUAAUAACACCAAGCCAGAGACUUUAGCUGAAGCUGAUGGGUGUGAUAUAUUUAAUGAUCUGAAGGAUAGGUUUUUAAGUUUUAAGAAGAAUAAAUAUAUGACAAACAUUGAACACUUUGAAAGUCUUGCAAAGGCUCAAGCACCAAAGUUCAUGGUUAUUGCCUGUGCAGAUUCUCGGGUAUGCCCCUCAAAUAUUUUGGGAUUUCAACCUGGAGAAGCAUUCAUGAUUCGCAAUGUUGCUAACUUGGUUCCUCCCUUUGAGAGUGGACCCUCAGAAACAAAUGCUGCACUAGAAUUUGCUGUAAACUCCCUUCAGGUUAAGAACAUCUUAGUCAUUGGCCACAGCUGCUGUGGGGGUAUACGUGCCCUUAUGAGUAUGCAGGAUGAUGCCAAUGCAAGCUUUAUAAAAAGUUGGGUAGUUCUUGGGAAGAAUGCAAGAAUAAAAACCGAGGCUGCUGCUUCCAACCUUAGCUUUGAUGAGCAGUGCAGGCAUUGUGAGAAGGAAUCACUUAACCAUUCGUUAUUAAACCUACUUACUUACCCAUGGAUAGAAGAAAAGGUGACGAAGGAAGAACUCUUUAUUCAUGGUGGUUACUACGACUUCAUUGACUGUUCAUUUGAGAAAUGGACAUUGGAUUACAGGGGAACCAAAAUGGAGGAAAAUGGAAGAAUUUCUGCCAAAAAUAAAAUAUUUUGGUGCUGAGUAUUUACUUCUUUUUUUCUAUAUAAUGUAUCCUAUUGCUUUUCUAAAUUUUGUACUAAUAGGACUUUAGAAGCAUAGGCUGAAUUAAAUAAGAGACUGCGAACCCCAAUAAGAUUGGAACAAAGGUGAUAUUGAUGUUGAUUUUAUGAAAUAUUCUAAUUCAAUUGAUUUGAACAAACCCCUACCAUUUCUCGUAUUUGUGUAUUAGUGAUUUUUGAAAAACUUUUGAGGUCAACGUACUAUGGGCAUGUGAGCUAGUGAUGGAAAUUUU